AUGAGGCCAGGAUACGCGAUUACUGACGUCCUCCCACUCCCCAAAUCUUCUGUCAAAAUCCCCCGUCUUGGUUUCGGUGUCUACAAAUCUCCUACCAGCGUUUGCGAAAACUCCUGCCUAGCCGCGCUUGAAGCUGGAUAUCGUCACAUCGACACAGCUCAAUUUUACGCUAAUGAGCAAGAGGUGGGCGAUGCGAUCCGCGCGUCGGGUCUCGAAAGGGGGGAUAUCUUCGUGACUACGAAGAUAAUGACGCCGGCGGGGUCUUCGAAAGCGACAUAUGACAAAGUAUUGGAUAGUGUGCGGAAAAUUGGUGGGGAGGAUGGAUAUGUUGAUUUAUUCCUCAUUCAUUCGGCGAGCGCUGGCGCGACGGGUCGGAAGGAGAUGUGGCUUGCCCUAGAAAAAUUACUGGAAGAAGGCAAGACGCGCAGUAUCGGCGUAAGCAACUAUGGGGCCAAGCAUAUUGAAGAGAUGAAGCAUUCAUUGAGGGUUUUUUCUGACCGCAAUAUCCUCUUUCAGCUGCAUCCAUGGUGCCAACAACGAGUUGUUGAUGCAUAUUGCAAAAAACACGGGAUCGUCAUCGAGGCUUACUGCCCCUUAGUGCGAAACUAUAAAGGAAAUGCGCCAGUUUUAGUAGAUCUAGCGAAUAAGUAUGGCAGGACCACAGCCCAGAUUCUGCUGAGAUAUUCUCUGCAAAAGAAUUGGGUCCCUCUUCCAAAGAGUGACAAUCCGGAGAGAAUCAGGGCCAAUGCAAAUAUCUAUGACUUCAGGCUUGCCGACGAGGAUAUGACAACUCUUGACGAUUUGGAGAUGGGCGCCGAUGGGGCGAUUGUCCAGGCAGUUGAAAACGAGUAA